UUAGUCAGAAAACAAACGUAAAGCCCCCCGACGUAUAGAAUGGGUUGCUAUUGCUAUAGACAGUAAAAUGGGUCCUCGAACAGCGUCUCGACGCCCCUGAUGGAAGCUGACGGCCUUCUUCUUCGAGAAUGUUGCUCUUAUAGACGCUCACUUUGAUGUUUAGUUAGUGCUCGCUAAUAUAACUGGCAGUACCGAUGGUAGUUUUUGCUUUGGCGUCGCUGGUACGCAGACGCCGCACCGACGUCCGUCGUCGCGUUUGUGCUACAGAGUAUCUUUCGUCCUGCCACAUACAAAUAUUGUACUGUAGAAUGAUUUCGCGUUAGCAGAUCGCUCAUACAGUGUCCGAAUUGAACCCGCACAUUUUUUCGUGAAAGUGAACAAACUAACUUCUAAAAGUGUGAAAAGUGAAGAAUAGGAAUCGUUUUUCAUCCAGCAACGUAAAUAAAUAACCCAAGCAUGGAGAUUUAUUGAAAAAAUUGAACUAGAGAGAUCGACUACUACGAAAGACUGAAGCCAAAAACAAAAUUAUUUAAUCAUGGAAAUAGAUAACUCUUUUUGAAUUGAAAGAAUAAAACUGUAGCGGUCGGUCGAACAAUUAAACAAUUUCGUAUCUUGAUCUUUCGUGCUACCCUAUGGAUUAUGAAAUUGUUUUGAAGUCUGACACAAUUUUCUGGAACAUUUACCAUUAGAACGAAAACUAUGUCAGGCAGUAAUCUUACAAAGUGUAAAAACAAAAGUGAUCCGCGAGAGCUCUACGCUUGAGUACUAGAUAAAAUCAGUUUAAUAUGAUAGAGUGGUUUAUCACAAAAAUUGGCUAUUACUCUAGAUGAUGUUAUUUAUUUAAUAGUUUAUUUUGAACGUGUUUUCCUCAUAUAAGCAAACCAUCUAAUCAAAUGAAAAAUUUACCCUUUGAGAAGGGAAUACAGAACGUUCUCUAAAGGCAUCAGUAAUACCGAAACCAAACUUUUGCAUGGCGAAGAAGAUAUCGAUUGGGGGUUUUCCCGCCCCUUUUCCAAUUCUCGCACUGCUGCUUAUCAAUCUUGUCUCAAUUACAUCUCUAACAUAUUCAGAUGUGUACAGGAACGGGCGACUGAGACGGAGCUAUGGAUCUGGAAAGGGUGGAACAAAAUACUUCGAAAAUUUACUCGAAAAGAAUUCCGUGUUUGCCACAGAAAACUCCACAGUUGUCUACGCCCAACGCGGUGGUACAGCAACACUACCUUGUGUAAUAAGAAAAAAUGGAAAUGGAAUGGUUUCGUGGGUUAGAAAAGGUGAAAAUCCCGCCCUGCUUACUUACGGCCUGGCUACCUACAGCGCCGACGAGCGUUUCAUGGUCGAACAUGUACGACACCUUCAGAACUGGGGUCUACUAAUUAAGAAAGUUCAACAGUCCGAUGCCGGAGUUUACGAAUGCCAAGUUUCGACCCAUCCUCCAGUUAGCAUAUUCAUUAAAUUGAGAGUUACAGAAGCCACCGCAAAUAUUUUGGGAACCCGUGACGUCUUCUUAAAUGCAGGAUCGGCUCUGCGAUUGAUUUGUACCCUGAAGCAUUCGAUCGAACCCCCGGAAUACGUUUUCUGGUAUCAAAACAACCACAUGGUCAACUAUAACCCCGGGGUGGAAGUGAAAGACACUAAAACGUCGAGCGUCCUGCUGGUGAAAGAUGCCGACACGACACACAGUGGAAACUACACUUGCAGUCCUUCUAAUGCUGUGCCAGCUUCUGUCAAUGUGCAUGUUCUAAAUGCGACUGAAGAGGAAAAUCCGGCUGCUAUGCUACACGCAGGUUCAACUCCCGUUUGGAUUCAUCUCCCGCUUGCGCCUCCUUUCUGUUUGAUUUUAAUUACUGAAGCUCUACGGAGAUGAAGGUUUUAAAGUUUAAACUUACGUUGUUCAUGUAAAUAAACUCGUGUACAUAUUACCACUUUAACUUUUGAAAUAGUUUAAUGAGAAUUCUCAUCAAAUGAAUGUAACAAAAACAUACAAACGUAUAUAUGCAAUGAAUGUUUAAUCAAACAGUAAAGUAACUGAAACAUU